AUGCUUUUUUUCCAGGGCCAGCUCAACCUUUUAUGCGUCGCGUUUGCUUGUGUAACGAUUUUUAUCAGCAGUGGAAUUUCAGAUCAUGUGAACUGCGCCUUGAACUAUACUGAAUUUGGAGUAAAAAUGACAUAUAGUGAAAACGAUCUCUGUGUUCUUAAGGACAAUACUACAAGCUUUACUUGUAACAGCUUGAACAAGGAAAGAAGUCGUAUAUGUUUAUGGAACCUUUGUUUAAAACCGCAUGAAACAUUGCAAACAUUGGAUCUAUCAAGAAACCACUUUAAAGAUAUUCCCAAAGGAUGUUUCAGUGAAUUUCCAUCUCUUGAAAUUCUAACCAUAUCAAACAACGACCAGUUAGGGUUCAACAAUUUAUAUAAUGCAAUGUAUAAGCUAAAUCAGACGAAUAUUCAAAUGAUUUACGCCAACAAUAUUAAUCAAGUAGGUGUGACCUAUCCAUUUCCCAAAAACAUUUCAUUGCUUCUCAACAAUACAUCGCUUCGAAAACUACAUUUGAACUACAACGAAAUUCAAACACUUGAAAGUGGCUCUAUUUACUAUUUGCCCAGAACCUUAGAAGAAAUUUCCGUCCGUGGAAAUCGACUUGAAAUCGGACUCAUUUUUUUCGAGCUGGUAUGGCUUAUAAAACUUACUCUAUUGGACAUCAGUUUUCAAUGCUCAACCUUAGAAUACCGUUCUAGAUCGAGAAGAAAUGUACAAUAUAUCGACGACUUUGAUAACACAAACUAUGAGAAAUGUCUAAACGACAUAAGCUAUGUAAAUGCUCUCAAAGUGCUUCCGUCUAACCUCACAACAUUGAUUGCCACGGGCUUGUUAUCCGGACCAAAUUGCAUUCCAAUGUUAAGUACAAGAAGGAAUAGUAAGCUUAGUCAUAUUGACAUUUCAAUGGAUGGAUAUUUCAAAUGGGUCGGUCCUAUAAGCGUCGAUCCAAAUUUCAACAUUAUAACCACGGUCAAUUUGUCACACAACCAAUGCCAAUUUAUCAAGGAUGGAUUUUUUGACAAUUUGACACACCUUGAAAAUUUAGAUAUCAGCUACAAUUAUCUGGGCGAUUAUUUUUAUCGAAUUGAGAGUGAAAAUGUGUUCAGCGGUCUGAAACAUUUAAAGAAAUUAGAUAUGAGAAAAAGUAAUAUUAGGUACCUUCCGAAAACACUUUUAAAGCAUAAUAAGUGGAUAGAGAGUUUAGUACUUAGCGAUAAUGCUAUGGAUGAAUGGACGCUAGAUAUAAGCACCCUGGACAGCUUGUCAUAUGUUGACUGUUCUCUCAACAAACUAGUGACCUUUCCAGAGUAUGUCACAGAGAGAUUGGAUAUGCUAAGUAAAGAUCAUAAUGUCACUGUAGAUUUUCAUCACAAUAAAAUUCUAUGUACCUGUGAAAACCUGCAUUUUCUACAAUGGCUUUUCACGACUCGAGUAAUGGUUCGUUUAUCAGCAGCAUGUACCGGAUAUAACGGAAAUAUAACCCAAGCAUAUAAAUAUUUAUCCAAAGAAUGUAGAAAGGACAAUAGCGUAAGGGAAUGGCUGUAUCCAGUUCAAACUAUUUGCCUUCUCUUUAUUCUAUCUGCCAUUGCCAUGGUUGUGUACAAAAAACGAUGGACACUCAUCUAUCGCUGGUAUUUGUUUCGUCUGAGACAAAAAGGAUACACUCCCAUCGGAGGAUGCGAUGAGGGUUAUCACUUUGACGCGUUUCUGUCUUUUGCUGACGAAGACAGACCAUUCGUCGAAAGAGUGGUGACAGAGUUGGAGGAAAAUUCAGAGGUUCAUUUCAAAGUGUGUAUCCAUUAUAGAGAUUUCACUCCAGGAAAAUCCAUUUCCAAGAACAUAGUAUCAAGUGUCCAUUCCAGUAGAAAAACAAUCGUAUUCAUGUCACGUGCCUAUCUCAGAAGUCAGUGGUGUAAAUAUGAAUUACAAAUGGCGAUAACAAAGGAGAGGCACAUGGAUCGCAGAUUGAUAAUAAUGGUCGUGCUUGAAGAUAUUCCACAUAAUCAACUUUCUCUUGAGGUUCUACAAUACUACAAAAAGAAUAGUUACAUUGUUAAACCGAAAAACGAACAAGAACUGAACCUCUUUUGGAAAACUUUGAAAGGCGUCAUUGCAAAUGAUUUAUGAAUGACUUCCUUGAUAUUCCACA